AUGGCCGAAAAUGGGACUUCUUCUGUGGAUGAAACGCGGGAGAAAUCACGUCUGCGUAAGAUUGAUAUCCAUCUGAUGGUGCCUCUCUGGGUCAUAUUCGUCUUUGGAUUCUUAGACCGAAUCAACUUAGGCAAUAUCAGUGUCCUAGGCAUCAUGCCCGAACUUCGGAUGACAGGAACAGAGAUGACAAUCGCAAUGCAAAUAUACUUUGUUCCUUAUAUUUUAACGGACAUCCCCAGCAACAUCAUCCUCAAAAUAUUCGCGUCUUCGACGUGGAUCAGCGCUCUGUCUUUCUUCUGGGGUCUUGUCGAAGGGGCCUUCGGGGGACUCCUAGCCUUUGCGCUCUACCAUAUGCAUGGCUUGGGCGGUUACUCUGGCUGGCGGUGGAUCUUUAUCAUUGAAGGACUCCUCUCGAUUGUGUUCGCGAUGCCGGUCAAAUUUAUCAUCGCAGAUUGGCCAGAACACGCCAAGUUUCUCAGCGAGGAUGAGAAGCAACUACUGAGAGAGCGCAACUCGCGUGAUGACGGUGGAGGAGCGAGAAUGGAUCGACUCGAUGGACCCGCGUGGAAACGGAUCAUGUCUGACUGGAAGCUCUAUGUCGGCAGUCUGAUCUAUCUUCCUCUGGUUACCCCACAGCCCUUUUUAUCCCCUCUAUUGUCAAAUCCCUUGGGCGGUCUCAAUGUGCAUGUCCGUUAUAUGGCUGUGUUUAUCGUGACCACCGGGUGCUACAUCGUUCAGCCUGUCGCAAUCGUGUGGAUGGCGAACAACCUAAGUGGACAUUAUAAGCGGGCUAUCGGCCUCGCAAUUCAGAUCGGUCUUGGGAAUCUGGGUGGGAUUGUCGCGAGUAAUAUCUUCAAUUCGGAUGCCGCACCGCGGUACACCGUCGGUUACAGCGUCUCGCUUGCUAUGGUUGUCCUCUGCGGCAUCAUGGGCACUGUCUUUGCAGCCGGGCUGGCGAUUGAGAAUAAGAAGCGGGAUCAAGGUCAGAGGGAUUACCGAUUCCAGUUGGACGAAACGAUCCGCAAUAAUCUCGGGGACGAUGACCCUACAUUCCGUUUCAGCCUGUGA